AUGGACAAGAUUACUGAUGAAGUUAAAGAUGGAGAACCUAGAGAUGAUCCAGCUGAAGAAGAUGAUGUCCUAACCAUUCCUAGAGGAACCAUGGCAAGAGAUCAAGAAGGAAGAAUAACCACUGCUAAGACUGCUACUUUGCAGAAGAUAAUGAAAUUCAGAGUGGAACAGCAGCAGAUACAUGAUGAGCAUAUGCAGAAAAGGAGAAUGCAUAAUCAAGAGCUUGAGCCCAAGCCACCAGAUUCUGUUCAAUACCAAUCAAGCAAUCAUAAGAGGUUUAAAGAAGAAGAUGCAGGUCGUGGAGGACAACAUAUCAAGCCACCAGCCAGCACAUGGAGCAGAACACAUCAAUCUUCCCUCACUCCUAAAUCUAUUGACCAUUUUUCUGAAUAUAAAUCUGCUGAUGAUUUUCAACUCUAUUCUUUUUCAGGAAAAGGCAACUAUCUAGAGUGGGAAAGAACCAUGGACAAGUGGCUGAGUUACAACAGAAUCAUGAGGAGUGAAAGAUUAUCUUUUGCUAUUUCUCAACUCACCGGAAGAGCUUAUAAGUGGUGGUUGCAAGAAGAAGAUGAUCGCAUGUUCUACAAGGAACCAGCUAUCACCACUUGGGAAAGUCUGAAGUUGUUACUGAGGGAUAAGUAUUCAUCCAAAGGCCACACUUCUCUGAAAUCUACAAAGAAGAAAGUCAUAUCUACAACAGACUUUCGAAGUGAAAAUUCAGAAACCAAGAUGGUUGAUUAUGAGAAAGAAAUCAGCAGCCUUGUUAAGGAGAUUCUUAAGACCAUCAAGCCCUUAUACAAGCUGAAGAAACUCCCAAAGAAUCAAGAACCAGUUACUACUGUCUCAGAACUCAAUGAUGCAGAAUCAGACUCAGCUGCCCCAAUUCAAGAAGCUCAAACCGAAACAUCUUUGGUAGAAGGAAACUUUGAGAAAGGACAAGAGUUUUCUAUGUUCUUACCUCAGUCUGAACUUAAUUUUAACAAUUCUUUUGAUGAACUAACUUGUCUUGAACCGGUGCAACCGAGUAGAAUUAUUUCAGUGUCACAGGAUGCAAAAGAAGACUCAGCAGAGAAGGAACCGGAGCAGUCAACACAAGGAAAAGAGUUGGAACAGCAGAACAGCCUGCAAUCAGAAAUCAUUCCUGAAUCCUUGUCUUAUGACCUGCAAGAGCACUGUAAGGAGUUUAAUAUGGUUGUUGAGGUGCCUGAAAUGUUUGUGAAAGUGAGUACUGAAGACAUAAAACGUUUUGGUCUUGACAAAGCAAGUAGCUUGUGUGUGCUCUUGGAGAAUGGCGAGUAUGAAUCUGAAGAUGAAAGACCAGAGACUGAGCAAGAAUCUUCAGAGGCAGAGUAUGAAGAGAAACCAGUUCACGGUAGGCUUCUGGUUGCAAGAAGAACACUCAGCCUACAAAGCAAGACUGAGGAGCGAGAACAAAGGGAAAACUUGUUCUACACACGCUGUAUGGUGCAAGGGAAGGUCUGUAGUCUGAUCAUUGAUGGUGGAAGCUGUGUCAAUGUUGCUAGUGAGACAAUGGUAAAGAAGCUUGGUCUACAAACUCAUAAACAUCCUAAGCCUUACCGACUGCAAUGGCUUAAUGAAGAAGGCGAGAUGAGGGUAUCUACUCAGGUUUCUGUACCUUUAUCCAUUGGGAGAUAUGAAGAUGACAUCCUCUGUGACGUGAUACCCAUGGAAGCCAGUCACAUAUUGCUUGGAAGGCCUUGGCAGUUUGAUAGACGUGUCACUCAUGAUGGCUUCACCAACAAACAUUCUUUUGAGUUCAACGGCAAGAAAACUACCCUGGUGCCUCUCACUCCUAAAGAAGUUCAUGAAGAUCAACUACAAUUACAGAAAAAGAAAGAGAUUGACCUCAAGCCUGAUAAACCACAACGUAACCUCUAUGCCAAAACUGGUGACAUCAAAAGAUCUCUCUACUCUAAUCAAUCAGUUCUUUUAUUUGUUUUAAAAGAAUCUCUUGUUAGUCUAACUGAUUGCACACCGGUGUAUCCGAGUGAGAUGUCAGCUCUUUUACAGGAUUAUCAAGAUGUAUUUCCAGAAGAUAGUCCCACUGGUUUACCACCUAUACGAGGGAUUGAGCAUCAGAUAGACUUUGUACCAGAUGGAGUGAAGGUGGACCAGGAGAAAGUAAGAGCGAUUCGAGAAUGGCCAAUCCCUAAGUCCAUAAGUGAAGUGAGGAGUUUUCAUGGGCUUGCUGGAAUUGGUAUUGGCGCUGUGCUUAUGCAGGAAAAGAAACCAAUAGCAUACUUUAGUGAGAAGCUUGGAGGAGCCACCCUCAACUAUGCAACUUAUGAUAAAGAACUCUAUGCUUUGGUGAGGGCUUUGCAGACUUGGCAACAUUACUUAUGGCCCAAAGAAUUUGUUAUCCACACGGAUCACGAGUCUCUCAAGUAUCUUAAGGGACAGAACAAGCUCAGUAAGAGGCAUGCUAGAUUAAAGGAUCAUUUCUUUUGGCCUCGGAUGAAAAGAGAUGUGGAGAAACUUUGUGAGAGAUGUGCAACUUGUAAGCAAGCUAAGUCUAAGGUCCAGUCUCACGGUUUGUACACUCCUCUACCUAUCCCUUGCCAUCCUUGGAAUGACAUAUCGAUGGACUUUGUUGUUGGAUUGCUUAGAACUAGGACUGGAAAGGAUUCCAUCUUUGUUGUGGUUGACAGGGUCAGUAUUGAUGGCAAAAAGAAGGCCGAGAUGGUGAAACAACUCCAUGAGCAGGCUAGGCUCAACAUCGAAGAGAAAACUAAGCAGUAUGCCAAACACGCCAACAAGGGAAAGAGUGAGAAG